CAUACCCUGUACACCACAUGGUUAAUCUGCUGGAUGUUAUUCAGCAUACCCUGUACACCACAUGGUUAAUCUGCUGGAUGUUAUUCAGCAUACCCUGUACACCACAUGGUUAAUCUGCUGGAUGUUAUUCAGCAUACCCUGUACACCACAUGGUUAAUCUGCAGGAUGUUAUUCAGUAUACCCUGUACACCACAUGGUUAAUCUGCUGGAUGUUAUUCAGUAUACCCUGUACACCACAUGGUUAAUCUGCUGGAUGUUAUUCAGUAUACCCUGAACACCACAUGGUUAAUCUGCUGGAUGUUAUUCAGCAUACCCUGUACACCACAUGGUUAAUCUGCUGGAUGUUAUUCAGUAUACCCUGAACACCACAUGGUUAAUCUGCUGGAUGUUAUUCAGCAUACCCUGUAACAACCACAUGGUUAAUCUGCUGGAUGUUAUUCAGUAUACCCUGUACACCACAUGGUUAAUCUGCUGGAUGUUAUUCAGUAUACCC